CGUUGAUAAACAGCAUGUGACUCAUGCAAGGAGGUCAAUCCUCCAAGGUCAAAACUAUCCACACUCGCAGGAUUCGUAGUCUGAUAUUCGUAUCUGAAAAGAAAGUCGUAGUUGUGAAGAAAAUUCUUGAGUUUACAAUGGAGCCGCCGGGCAUUGAAGAACUUGACUUCGAGAGAGGAUCUACUGAAUUGAUGAUCGAGGAAAAUGCCGUGGACACGAGGGUGAAGAAAUUCAAAGAAAAGCUCAACACCAUGAAGUGCAAAAGCGACGUCCUCAGGGAGUCCAUAGCGGAGUUUCUAGGGACUUUUAUCCUCUUGUUGCUGGGAAAUGCUGUGAUAGCUGUCAUUGUUUUCAGUGAAGUCAAGAACGUAGGCUCCAUAAUAGCACCUAUAGGAUGGGGAUUGUCUCUCAUGGUCGCCAUAUCUGUCACCGGUGGAGUCUCAGGUUGCCACGCGAAUCCAGCAGUGACGUUGGCCUUCGCGACAGUGGGUAAAUGCUCCUGGAAGAAAGUACUGCCGUUCUUUUUCGCCCAGUACGCAGGCGCAUUCGUCGCCUCCAUUGUUCUCUAUGCUAUCUAUUUCGAAUCUUUCACUCACUUCGAUGGAGGCAGCAGAGAAAUUCCACCCCACGCAGCUGCGACUGCUCAGAUUUUUGCCACUUACUUACCAGAGCAUAUAUCCAUUUGGACAGCUGUAGGAGAUCAGAUCGUGGGCACCAUGAUGUUGAUGGUGGCGAUCGGGGCUGUUACAGACCCGAACAACAUGGCAGUGCCCAAAGGCUCCUACCCCCUGAUGAUCGGACUGUCCUUGGCGGCCAUCAUCUUCGCCUUCCCCCUCAACUGUGGAGCACCCCUCAACCCCGCCAGAGAUCUCGCCCCCAGAGUCUUCACUGCAUUCGCCGGAUGGGGUAACGGCGUCUUCAGCUUCCGGGACUACAAUUACUUCUGGGUACCAGUGGUCGGACCCCACAUCGGAGCCAUCAUCGGAGUCUGGGUCUAUAAACUGAUGGUCGAGCUGCACUGGCCUGUGGACAGUUACGAUUUCGCCAACCCUACAGAAGUCAAGACCAAUGGAGAAUUCAAGAAGAAGGAAGAUUUACCAUUCGUCGAUAAGAAGAGGAUGCUAGCGGCAGAAGGCCGAAAGGUCGAAGAAUAACCCAUCGGACGAAGCGGACCGGGCUGCGGCGUUGUGUCACGUAACACCCCCUCAUCUGACAAGAGAAAGAAUUCAAAAGUGACUUAAAGAAACUCUACUGGAAAUGAAGUGGAAUAUCACGGACAAGAAAUUUCCUCCUUUCCAUGAUAGGAAUACUUCUGCAACUUUUUAUUCCUUUCAAACUGAGUUUCCGAAGGAGGUUUUAUAUUUAUAAGCUGGUUUUUAUCUAGAAUUUCAAAAAUGAAGUUGAAUUAUGCACGGGCUAAUAAUUCUCAAAGAUUUUAGUAAAUAUAUUUAUGCAUUAUAAAAGUCUUAAAGUUAAGGCCGUAUUUCAUUAAAAAGAAUUCCUUCUUUCGAAUUAAUUCAAUGGCUAAUGAUAAUUUUAAUUUUUAGAAAAGAAAAAUUCAUUUUAUUUCAUUUUUAUAACAUAACACUUUUUGUUUGAAAUUGCUGCAUGUGGCAUGUAUGUUUUAUACGUGUAAAUAUAAAAUCUGAAUUUUCAGAUUCCAUUUGUUUAUUCUAAAUGAAUGCUGAUUUUAUUAUAAUUGCGUCAGAUCUUUCAAAAUGAAAAUAAAAAGAAAAAAAAAUGUAUGAAGAAAAUAAUUGGAGAGAUGAGAGAUUUAAAAUCAGAUUAUAGAAUGUAACAGUCGUUGAAAAUUUAUCAACUUUUGUUUUGUCACUAUUUAUUAGCUUCAAAAAUUUAUCAGUUUACAUUUAGGAAAUUCUAGAAUGGCCUUUUUUCAAGUAGAAUAAGUUCCUCCAUGGACACUGUAAAUAUGAAUUUACUUCAAUUCGAUUUUAGAAGCUUUUUAAAAGUAUUUUCACUUUUAAAAGGCAUAAUCACAUACAAAACUGUGAAUUACAUUUUUAUAAGUCGUAACAGUUUUUAUAAGUCACUUUUCGGUCGGUCGAUGGAAUGGAUUCCAUUUAUUCCUUUUAAUAAAAACAAUCAUGGACCGUUUUUUACUUUUUCAUCUUUGUUUUUUCAUUGUGAUUCUUUUUUUUGCUACAAGAAAUUUCUCUUAUGUUUAUGUUUUACUAAGAGAUCUGUUGAAGUUGAAUACAAUAGAUGUUUGCAAAGGAGUUAAAAUCUUAUCCAAAAGAUGUUGUUUCAUCUGAUAUUUGCUUUUUUAUAUGAAAUCAUUAAAUUUUAUUUGAUAAAAUAUAAUUUUCAGUUUAAAAUAUAAUUUUCAGUUUUAAAAUAUAAUUUUCAGUCAGUUUAAAAACUACCCCCAUGGUGAAUGUUUUUUAAUAUUUAUAUUUUAACUAUGUAAUACAUCUAAGAAAAGGAUUGCUAACAAAGUACAAUUGUUUCCUGACUUAUAUGUGAGUUUCCAUACAUACUUUAAGCUGUACAUAAAAUGUUUCCAAUUUUAUUGAUAUUUACAUUAUUCCAAUGUUAUGAAAAUACUUUUUCUACAUAUUUUUUCAUAUAUAUCUGCAAAAAAAAAUUCACUAGUGAAAUUUUUUUAUACUUGCAAACGCUUAAAAAUGUGCGAGGAGCGUAGUUGUAAAUAGCAAUGUACAAAGUGAAGUUUGUUUGUUUUUUUCCCACUUUCUUGCGUAGUGUAAUUUAUAUUUUAUUUAGGUUUGGUGUUUCUCUACGUGGAAACACACUUUUUCCAAAUACUAUUUUUAUUUCACUCUGUAAACGUAUCGAAAACACAUGAAAUCUAUGUAUCAUGUUAUAUUUAUAUCAAUAAAAGGUGUUUUAUUUGGA